CCUCACAAUCUUUCGUAGUUUGUGAGUUGAUUGACAGCUUCAAAUAAAAUAGAGAACCAAAGUUCACACUUUUGUUUUUCUCUCAACAAAAAGACAUCUAAAAAAGAGAGAAAUGGAUGGAAAAAGGAAAACAUGUGUAGCAGUUUUAGUAAUACAAGGCAUAUAUACAGGGAUGUUCUUGCUUUCGAAAGUUGCGUUUGAUGUUGGUAUGAACCCUUUUGUUUUUGUCUUCUAUAGACAAGCUGCUGCUGCUGUCUUCUUAGCUCCCAUAGCCAUGUUCCUUGAAAGGAAAACAGCACCACCAAUGUCAUUCUUGAUAUGCUUCAAGAUUUUCAUGCUCUCUCUAUGUGGGGUUACAUUGAGCUUGAAUAUUUAUGGAGUGGCACUUAAAUACACUUCUGCAACUUUGGCUGCUGCAGCUACUAACAGCCUUCCAGUUACUACAUUUAUCCUUGCAGUUCUUCUCAGAAUGGAGACAGCCAAAAUAAGGACCGGGGCAGGAAUUGCAAAGGUUAUGGGGAUAGUGUUUUGUGCAGGAGGAGCUUCAACCAUAGCAUUCUUUAAGGGACCAACUGUGAAACUUCUGAUGCAUCAUCAUCUAUUUAGCUAUCAUGGCCAAGUCCAAAACACUGCUGCUUCUAACAAUUGGGUCAAGGGUGUCUUCCUUUUGUUGCUUGCUAAUGCAUUAUGGGCUACAUGGCUUGUCAUGCAGAACCGAGUUCUCAAGAGUUACCCAUCAAAGCUACUAUGUACAACUCUACAAUGCUUCAUGAGCACAAUUCAAUCUUUUGUUUUUGCCAUAGCUGUAGCAAGAAAUCCUUCUCAGUGGAAGCUUGGAUGGAAUGUUAGACUCCUCUCUGUUGCCUACUGUGGAAUAGUGGUGACUGGAGUUACAUUUUACUUACAAGCAUGGGUUGUUGAGAAGAAAGGACCAGUGUACAUGGCCAUGACAACACCCUUGGCCUUAAUCUUUACAAUUGCUUCUUCUGCUGUGCUUUUUGGAGAGAUCCUUGGUUUGGGAAGCAUUUUAGGAGUGAUUUUGCUGGUUGGUGGCUUAUACAGUGUACUAUGGGGAAAAUCUAAAGAGCAAAAGAUGGAAGCUUCAAGUACUAGAGAUGUUGAAAAAGCAGAGAAUGAAUCAAAAGAAGAAUCAAUCGUAGAGAAACAAUCCUCAACACCAAAUGCUCGAAUCCAACAUGCUUGUUCUCCUGUUUAAUUAAUUACUAAUUAGAGGGUUUAGUGA